GCCGUGUUUAGGUGGCCGAGCACCCACGAAGCCUCACGCGAGGAGAUUAACAGUGCAGUGUCAACCACAACCCAACGGAGAGAAGUACGACGGAUAAGCAUCAUUACACCAUCACCACAGCCGGACACUAUAGACAGAGCCAGUCAACUCCUAGCGCAAGGCGGAAAGCGUAACCUUACUGCACCAAACGAUCCUACCUCAUUGUCGCCAAAAGUCCACGUGCAGUGAAGAAGCUCUCUUUAUCCCGCUGAUAUUCCUCGACUGCGAUAUCAUUGUCUCGGCUUCCGGUCAGGAUACGUCUUCGAAUGCACAACCCCAUUUUAACCAUCGCAAUCGCAUAUUCGAUAGACCUGAUGGAUGUUACAUACACAUCAUGCUCGAACAUCAAGCAUCCAAGGCUGUUAGUGCAGCACCUGUAGCUCCACAGAUGUCCGUCUCCUCAAUGUCGCAAGAUUGCGACAACAGACUAUCCCAACCAUCCGAGGUCUCCAAUACUCUCAGCUUGUUCGCAUUAGAGCGUCUCUCAGCCUCGCAGAACAGAAUUAAAGUUCACGACCGCAUAACACCGCCUAUGACCAGGACCGGGAGAAUAGUAGAGUCUGGGGAAGAGAGUGCUGAUAGUCCUGAAGCCCUACAAAGAGAAUUCCGCGAUGAUGGCAUAAAUCGGGAUAUCGACAUGGAAUUCCGCGCAGGAUAUAUAUCUAUUCCUCCCUCGUACGCAUUCGAACGGAGGUUAGAUACUCUACCUGUUGAACUUCUUUUGGCUAUUUGCUUGUAUCUUGAUGUGGGGUCUUUGGUACGCUUUGCAUACGUGUGCAAACAUUUUUAUGUCCUCGCCCAGAGGACCUUGCCGAGUCUAAAUUUAGACAGGCUUUUAAGUGAUUUCGUUUCUUCAGUGUCAGGGUUUAAGCGACAGCUAAUGCUCUCAGGAUUGGCAGCGUGGGGUUGGGACGAUUCGGUAUCAAGCUGUAUCGGAGAGAAGCCUCGUUGUCAGGUGUUUUGCCGUACACUAGGGGACGGUUACGACAUUGCCAUAUAUCUUUCUAAGUUUGAAAAGUAUUCGACCGAUUUGUCGUCCACUACAACAAUGGACCUUUGUACCGGUCAUUUAUUCCGUAUGGUUAGGGCGGCAUUUCAGUCAGGUAUGCCAUUCGAGCUAGAGCGAUAUGAUGGCGAAAUGGUUGUUAUUGAUUGGGGUGAUAAGUUUGUGGGAAGUCGCGGUUCUAGCUUAUUGCACUGGAAGUACUCGUGGGGCUUAGAGCAGGUCUCGUGGACGGGUUUUCUAGGUGAUCCUAGCAAGUCGUGUCUAUUGCAUAAGCGUCACAUUGCCUGGGAAGAUGGGAAGGCAGCUGUGAGAGGAUGUUUGGUGGAUAUUUUGUUAUGUGGUAGUUCUUCAGGAAGAUUUCUUUGGGUAAGGUUUUCGGCCGAGCGAUGGUCACCUGAUUUGUGGAACGAAAAUGAGGAUAUAGUUCGGGAAGGCAAGGAGUAUUUUAAUAGCAGGAAGGGAGGCGAAACCUACAGAUAAAGGGAUCUUCAAUUUUUGAUCUCUAACUUAGCAUUUCUCGCUGACAAUAUCUCGCUGGAUAUCGAAGUAGUAUUACUUCAUUCUCGG